AAAAAAACAAAAAAUCAUGCUGACUUUGACCACCUGCAUGCUAAUUUUUUUUUUACCAAUUGUGCAGAAAUAUUGCAACAUCCAGGCACCAGACAUAAACAGAAAGAGAGAAAGACAGACAGAUAAAAAAACAAACAGAUAGUGGGACAGAUGUUCAGAUGAGUAUUCCGUCAUACCUGUGUCGAUGUCACUGUGCUCCUUUCAUGCAUAGACACUCUCUGUGUUACAACAAGUCAUAGCGCUGAGCCCUUACACCCUGUAGGACAGUGAUCCGUCUGUGGAAACAUAUAGGCAGGACUGACGCAGAGGAAGUAAACAGGGGAGGUUUUGUGCUGUGAGGUGAAGCGUAGGUGUAUACUUGUACUAGCCACAUAUCCCAUUCGCCAUCUAGCCUACGUCCACGGCUUUACGUAACGUUACGUUUCACUUUUACUUUCCACUUGGCUUUCAUAUCUGAUAAAAAACCAAACCAUACUUAAAUCGAAAAUGAGUUUUGGCUUUCUGGAUUAAACUGUUCGUUUGCUCGGGUAUGAUGCUAGUAAAUACCAAUAAAUGCAUUAAGACCUAAAUACCAUAGCAUGUUGUCACAAUUGAUGGUGUCACUCACAACUUAUGAUGUAUUCAUUAUAUUUAUAUAACUUGUGUUUUCUAUUUUGGCCUCACGUACUUGCCGUAGAAUACUCAUACCCGCAUGCGCAAUUCAUUGUUUAAAACAAGUAUGGCGUCCUCCUUCAGGGUGUGUAGAAUGCAUAUGAGGGGAACGGGCAGCCUUUUAAAGCGUAUUCAAAUUAUUGAUACGUGUCUACAGAGAAGAUUUGUGACCAACGCGGUUGAACCGUCUAAUGUGUUGAAGAAUGAAGACAACGGUGAACAGGAAGGAUGGAAGGCAUUUGAUGCUAUUCAGCUAGAGAGACAAGAACAGGCUGAGAGAUCUGUCCUCAUCAGCUGUCAUUCCAAGACAAAUGAGAAAAAGUUUCUCAAGUAUUUAUCAAUACACGGGGACAUCAAGAACAGUUUCUUUUAUGAAAGCUAUGGCACAUAUGCAGUGGUGGAGUUUGCCAAUCAGGAAAGCAUCGCCUCUUUACAUGAAGCGGUUAACCUCCCUGUGGUCAGCAAUGAAUCUGUGGUGCCUUUCAAGUCCAGACUGUUGUCACUGAGGAGCCUAGGGGCUGCAGUUGUGCCAAACAGUCAGACUGGCCCAAAGUGCAAACCACAGGCCACCAUACCUCUCACCGAGCUCAUCCAGAAACUGUCCAAAGAAGAGAGUAUAGACCACCAGGUAACGUCUCUCAUGAAAGCCUACCAGGUCACGGAGGAGAACACACGCCUGCGCUUCCUGGUCUGCUCCCUGCUGAAGGACAUUGCUGCUGCCUAUUUCCCAGAAUGCAACGUCAGGCCCUUUGGUUCAUCUGUGAACGGUUUUGGGAAGCUUGGCUGUGACCUGGACAUGUUCUUGGACCUGGACGGUAUCAGUGGGAGGAACGUUGCAAUGCCAAAGGCAGGCCUGGUGCUGGAAUACCAGAUGAAGAGGUCCAACUCCGAGCGGGCCGUCACCCAGAGCAUUCUCUCCGUGGUCGGGGAGUGCGUGGACCGCUUCGGGCCCGGCUGCGUGGGGGUGCAGAAGAUCCUGAACGCCCGGUGCCCCCUGGUCCGGUUUUCCCACCAGCCCUCCAACUUUCAGUGUGACCUCACAGCCAACAACAGGGUGGCGAUGAAGACCUCUGAGCUGCUGUACCUGUACGGCUGCCUGGACGGGCGUGUGCGGGGCCUGGUGUUUGCCGUGCGCUGCUGGGCCCGGGUGCACAGCGUCACCAGCAGCAUCCCCGGCGCCUGGAUCAGCAACUUCUCCCUCACCGUCAUGGUGCUGUUCUACCUGCAGCGCAGAGCCACGCCCCUCAUCCCCACCCUGGACCACCUCCGCAGCCUGGCAGGCCCUGCGGACAAGAGCGUGAUUGAGGGCAACGACUGCACGUUUGUCAGCGACCUCAGCAAGAUCCAGCCCCAGGACAACACAGAGACGCUGGAGCAACUUUUGUGUGGGUUCUUUCACUUCUACAGCACGUUUCCGUUUGCCAGGAAGUCCAUCAAUAUCCGAAAGGGUAAGGAGCAGACCAAACCCGAGGUGGUGCCCCUGCACAUCCAGAACCCCUUCGAGGUGUCGCUCAACGUCAGCAAGAACGUCAACGCCGCCCAGCUGGAGCGCUUUGUGGCGCUGUGCCAGGAGGGCGCAUGGCAGCUGGAGCAGAGCGCCACGCUGACGCGCGGCACCGGCCACGCCCCUUCGCCGUGGGGGCUGGCGGCGCUCCUCGUCCCCGCCGCCGGGACCCCGGGGAUCAAAGGUCGCAAGAAGAGGAAGCGGGAGCCGGCCAGCGAGAGGAUCAAGAGCCUGUUGGAGUCGCUGAAGAACAAGAUGUAGAGGCCGGCGUGUGUGGGAGGACUUCUCCCAGAGACCUUUCCUGUCCCCGUGCUUCGAGGAGGAGGUGGGGAGAGGCUGUUGUCCCUCGAUACGUGAUCAUUCAACAGCACUGACACUGGGAUGUAUGGUUUUGAAUGGGCUGCAGUUUCACAUGUGAACACCAGAGGGGGUUGCAGUGCCCUGUUUGGGCAUGCAUGCAUAGUUCCAGGCAUGGGGAGGGAUGUUUCACACAUCACCGAAGCCCCCCUCUGUUAAGCCUCACUCCGGACUGAGGAAACUAUUUGCUUAUUAUAGAGCAAAGAAUACGCCUCUUGUUGUGUUUAUCUUGUUUGUCUGUAACCUUGUGUACAGAGAUAUUAUGGAAGCCACCCAAUCUUGAUCCUUUGCACAAAUACAAUCAUGAUUGUGGGUAUUUGUUGUCACGUAGUGGUUUUAUUGUGGUGGAUCCCAUUGCAAAGUCCCUCUUGCCCGAGCAUCCCAAAAAAAAAGAAGAUUUGUUAGAAAGAUUUAUUUUGUUGUUCGAUUACACAACAUUGGUGUGAGGGGAAAGCAACACGUCGGUUUAGUCUCUUGCUACAUCUGGAUUACGGUUUGCAGCCGUCUACCAUGACGUAGCACGGCUGGCACGCAUUACUCAAGUGUUGUAUGGGAGUUCAGAGCCCGUUUAGCCGGUCACUCAAUCCCCAGGAACACAGUGAGCCGGCAGGACUGCGGCGGAGUGGAGUGCAGUCUGUAGAAAGCGCUGACCUCCCUCCUUCAGAACGCUACUGGUUAAGCCGACGUUGUCGAGUAAGUGGAAAAUAAAAAAAUAAAAAAAUACUUAUUCUAUUUCGGUCCACUGUCUGGCUCCGAGACGGCGACACGUCAGUGAGCCGGGACACGACGCCUCUGCCCGCGGCCCAAGGAAUGCAUCGGCCAUCAGCCAUCAGUUUGAUAGACCGGGCCGGUUAGCCUGGGAGUUCUCAGUCCAGUUCCACUAUCUGUGGGUGACUGACAGUAUGUGGGUCGAUGUAUCCACAAACUGGCCUAAUGGUCCUUUAUCACAGAGCUAUAAUGGUAUGGGUGAAAACAGGUGUCGCUGAUUAUGGUUAUUAUGGCUCUCCAGACGUGCCAGGGUCC